AUGGCAAACGCAGCAUCCAUCCAAUCCCUCCUCCGCUUCCUCUCCCAAGACGCCAAACUCCCGCUCGCGCUCGCAAUGAGCAAGAUCAAGUCGCUCCAAACCGCAGGUCUUGGCACCCCCACCGAAAUCUCAAAAUCAAACAUCUCCGCCCUAAAAACCAUCUUCACCGACGAAAAACUCGCCAAACAAAUCCUCAGCGCAGCAAAACGAGUAUCCAAAAAGCGCGGUCCCACCGACGGACCCACCCCCCCAGCGCUGGUCAAGAAAGCGAAGCCGUCGUACGGCGAGCCGCUCACCCCCGCUGCGCUUGAAGACUCGCUUGCGCUGCCGGAAUCAGACGCCAGUGAAGAGGAGUUAGGGGAUGUAGUCCUCUUCACGAACCGCGCGCCGCUGGUCCUAGCGUUCGCGGUUGCGCUGGUCAAGUACACGAUGCCGGAGCAACCCGUCUCCAGCAGGCUCAGCCUCGCGCAAGCAGUCGUGAGUGCGAAUAGCAGGACGAAAGCCGUGAGUCUUGGUCUCGAGAGUGGGAAGAGUGCUGAAGAGGAGGGGUGGGGCGAGGGGCAGCCUGUCGUGAAGAUCAUGGGGCGAGAAAUCAGGGUCAUGAAGCGGUGGGGGUAUGAGUGGGAUGUUAAAGACGAGGCGGGCGCGACACAGGAGACUGUGAAUGAGCAGAGUAGUGUGCCAGAAGAUGUGAAGCCGGCGCUGUGGGGCUUGGAUUUGGAGAAGCUGAAGAAGCAUAAUGGGCCGCUAACACAUGGGGCGGGGGCGGGGCAGUUGCCGAUUUAUACGGCGCAGGGGGCGAGGGCGUAUUUGCUGAAGUCUUUUGAGCUGGCGGCUAAAGAGGUUAAGGUGGAGGAGGCUUCUGAGGGGAAGAAGCGUUCGAAUUCUUCGAAGUCGGCGGAGAAGGAGCGGAAUCUUGGGCUUCUACUGCGAGCACUAGACUUGCUUUAUCAAUCGUGGUCUACGCUUGAGACCGACGAGCUCAACAGACGCGCCUGGUCGUGGUAUGUCCGCGUACGACCAGAAGUCGAAAAUGGGGUUGCUGGCUGGGGUGGAAAGGGGGACGUCAAGCUCUCAGAUAUCCUUGCCUUGCGGAAGACCGUCUGA